UUUGCAAACCUUUUUGCAUGCCAGGGUCCCACUCAAGACUACCAUAGUAUUGCACAAAUUUGUAUUAAAUGUAUUAUGUGACAUGGAAGACAUGAAGAUGACAUCGUCCUUGGUCCCAUUUCGCAAAACAGUCGAGAUUAUGUCAAGUGUUACUGAGUCACACGUCUGACAUUCUGUUCAGCAAACAGGUUUGGCGUCAAUGUUACGCCCUGGAACGCGCAUUCCUUUCCCCACCCAUGAAAUGACAGCUGCAGCGCAGUGAGGAUGGAGCUGCAGCCUUGAGAUGACACAUCGACUGAAGCGGUCAUCAUUUUGGACUAACAAAACAAGCAAUCAUGAGGGACAGACUGGAUCAUCUUCAGACCAUUUCAGAGUCUAACAGCCAUCUAGAGGAGCUGGAAUCCGACUCUUUCAGCAAUGUGGAUCUGGAGGAGGGUUUCAGCCAGCAGGCCGUCAUUUAUGACAACAGUGAUGAGAUGGAGUCUGUGCUCGAUAAGGCUCAGGACACUAGGCGUGAGAUUCAGCUCAUCCGCCUCGAGGUGAAGCGUCUCAGGGACCAAAAUACCCGUAUACUUAGCCAACCGACUCGUACAACUCACGUAAAGCAGGAUGCCAAUGUCAUCGUAGGUGACAUCAAGACACGUGGACAGGAUGUUCUGGCACGUCUACAAAAAAUGGAUGCCCACACCAAAAAGCUCGAAGAGGAGCAUGGCAUCAACUCAGCUGUGGCGAGAAUCACCCGAACACAGUACACCACCCUAAGCAACAACUUCCGAGACGCAAUGACAGAGUACAAUGAUGCUGAGAUGGAUCACAAAGAAUCGUGCAAGCGUCAUAUUCAAAGGCAAAUGGAGAUUGUGGGCCGAGAGGUGACAGGUGAUCAGAUCGAGGAGAUGCUGGAGAAUGGUCAGUGGAACAUCUUCAAUGAUAACAUCAUGUCAGAAGGGAAAACAGCUCGUUCUGCACUCAACCAGAUUGAGAGCCGACAUCGUGACCUGCUGGAUUUAGAAAGCCGACUCCAGAGCCUUCAUGAAGUGUUCCUGGAUGUGGCUAUGCUUGUAGAGGAACAAGGACCCAUGACAGACUACAUCUUAAACAAUGUUCAGAAAACCGAUGCUAUGCUUGGUGAAGUCCUUAUCAAACUGGGACAGGCCAAGAGACAUGACAAUAACAACCCAUUCAAGAAAAUGUUCUGUGGAUGCUUUCCAUGCGCUAAACACUGACUGAUUGUGAACAGUGAGGACUUGCGCAUUGGAGGGCUGCAUUAUCUACUGACUUUUUUCAGUUUAUCAUUUUAAAAAUGGGUAGCCAGAGAUAUGUAGCGAAAUGGACCAUAGUUUUUCAAAACUAAGCUCUCUCAGAAAUCAUUAAACCUGAUACUACUGAACUGAAGUGAACAAUAACACAUCUGAGAGCAAAUUAAACAACUAAAACAAAUCAAAGAGACAAGUCUUCACAACUUCAAAACAUAUAGUCCUUCCUAUUUGCCUUCAUAAAAAUGCCUUUUCAUUUGCAGCUUGAUACCUGUAAACAUGUACUGUAAAUGACAUUGAAACCCAGUGUUUGAAGUCACAGUUAACAGGAAAGCAAUAUGAGCUUUUAAUCUGUUAUGCUAGAAAUUGUGUAUUGCAAGAUAUGCAUAUGCUAUAAUUUAGUAACAUAAUUUACAUUAUUAUAUCUUAUUAUUAUAAUGUGGUCGAAUAUGCACUUUCUAGACCCUUUUCGAUUAAAUCAUCCGGAAUAUGAAGCAUUUGCCAUGUUUUGCCAUA